CACAUAAUUAGUGAGCAAAGGUUACGCAAUCAACUAUUUCUAUUCAAUGCAACCAACUAACUCACCCGUACACCUAGAAUAACAUCAGUAGAUCAGUAUACUCAGUACUCUCAACAAUGGCAGAAACAUCACUACAAAACGCUCUGCUUCAAAUCGCUAAAGAUCAAAACUUUACAGCACCAAAAAUAGCCAUCGACGAAUCACCUAAUCAUGGAUACAUCGCAAACGUCAACAGAAUAACAUUAAAAGACUCAGAAACCGAUGCAACACUACAUUUAUUCGCAAAAAGUAAACCUAAAGAGAUAAAAGGUGAAUGGGAAUUUUUCUACAAAAACGAAGCAGAGUUUUAUAACAAAGUAGUCGCAGCAUUUAAAGAAAUACUUCAAAAUCAUGGAAAUAAACUUACUCUACCACUGAUGCCAAAAUGUUACUUUGCAAACGAUGAAAUAGUCAUACUUGAAGAUCUCCUAGAAACAGGCUACAAAAUAUGGUCGCCAUUAAACGAACCACUGGAUAAAAAUCAUGUGAAAGCAGUCCUAUCAGCUUACGGAAAGUUCCACGCAUUUUCCUUUGCAUUCAAACAUAAAUACCCCGAGAAAUUCGCAUCAAUCGGCUAUAAAUUCGAAUGGUUUCAAACAAAUUACGAACGAUUAAUAAACAAUGGUUUUUAUAAAGGUUUAACUGAAAAAUUAGCGGAUUGCUUCGAUCAGGAAACAGAGUUUGAAUAUAUCGAAGCAAUAGCAAACUUUUUAAGUCAUGGACAGGUUGCAUACCUUGAGAAAUUAGCACUGUUAUCAGAAAGUGAUGUUUUUGUGCAUGGUGAUAGCUGGACACAUAAUUACAUGUUUCGUUAUGAUGUAGAUGAACCUAAACCGAAAGAUGUUUGUAUUUUGGAUUUUCAAAUAUUCCGCAAAACAUCACCAGUCAUUGAUUUAUCUUAUUUUAUAUCAACAUGCGCAUGCACACCUGAAUUUUUCAAUGACAUUGAUGUUUACCUAAAAGUGUAUCAUGAAAGUUUACAAACACAUUUAUCACAAUUAAAUUGUCCGGAUGUUUAUACCUGGGAUACACUACAAUAUGAAUGGAGAAAUUAUUCGCUGAAAGGUUUAAUCAUGGCUGGUAUUAUUUUAAAAAUGAUGACAGCUGAUAAAGACGAAUUGGAAGCCCGGAAACACAUUGAAAUGCCAAUGCAGUUUGAUUUCAUCUCCCGAAACGAAGCAUUAUAUCAGCAGAGAAUGCGAAUAGUCAUAAAAUAUUUCUACGACGCCGGAAUUCUUCAAUCUUGAUAAUAAAACAUUGAAAAAAUCUAUAAA